AUGCCCCUCAUACCCGAUGAUUCGAGCCCUGUGUCGCACCAUAGCCUCGCAUCUCCACCGGAUCGUUUUGUUUCAAGGAGCACUCCGACAUCUGCGGUGCAUAGUCGGGAAGCCUCUUCUGCUACUACUACUAGAGGGAGAGCGUUGGAUCCUUCCGCCUUGAAUACUUCGUCUUUACAACCUAAAAACAACCGCCGCGGUCAAUCCCAUUCCAAGAGCCCCGAGACUUCUGGACCCUCACGCCCCAAGUUAGGAUAUGAUGAAGGAUUAGAACGACGCCCAUCCAAUUCCUCCUACGGCCAUCACCGCCAGACGUCGAUCGUUCAUGGAAUCCAACACUCCCGCAACCCGAGCUUUGCCGCCUCGUCGACCUCAAAUAGUCCUCUGAGUCCCGAAUUGAUCGCAUCGCUGAACCGUGGUGGUGGUAUUGGCAGUGGCGCUGGCACACAUGAACUCGAACUCCCGUCAUUCGGACGUCUGGAACAACCCGAUAUGCAGUCAACCUACCAGAGCCCUGUAGCCCACGGCUCGAGUCAUGGAAUGCAGGGAUCAUCGGAGGAUCAAGGUAUUCCGAGCAUUGUCAAUAGCAGUCCGGCAAGUCAUGUGCAUAGAAGGAUGAAUUCAAACGGGAGAACAUGGCAGGACCGUUCCCAUAGUCGUUCGCAUUCGAGGCAUUACAUUGAAUUGAGGACGGUGGGCGAAUAUGCCUUGCACCAUCUUUUCAACUCGUUUGUCGGCCAGGCGGACAACAAAAUAAACCAGGCUAUAUUGAAAAUACGGGAGUUGGAAGCCCCGGUUGAAGAAGUAUGCGGCCCCGGGGCAGAUCCGACCUUUGAUCAAUUGAUCUCAGCACUCGGGCAUAUCUCACGACAAAAGCCAAAACCUCUGAUUGAUACUAUUAUGUUUUGGCGAAAGGCCAAAGGGGAUGCAGCGAUCACGGCCAAGCACGUAGCACAUCAGCCAAAGCCCUCACCCCCAGAGCCCGCUGCACUGCUCCGACGAAAUACUGAACCUCUCCAGAUGGCUGCCGAACAAGCACAAGCUGCUACUACCGACCCGUCUGCCCCUCCUAGUACCCUUUUAUCAAGACAAGAAGAUGUCCACUUGGCUGAGCGACGCGCCACGGUGUCGGUUUACCUCGUGUGCCGGGUCUUGAUUGAGAUUUUCAACCAGAGUAACCUUGCCUCAAUAACGCUCGACAUGGCUGACCGUUUGGAGGAUAUCGUGUUUGGUCAACUUAAGACUGUGGAUCCGGACCAGAUCUCAGCCUCCCCUCUUCGAAUGGCGAACUGGAGAAUAUAUGGUCAGCUGCUCGGCAUCAUGAGUGAAAGCAACUUCUCGAGCGUCUCGACUCGCUUCCUGUCAGAGUUGGACCGGCUUCAGAAAGAGGAGACCCUUCGAGGUCCAUCCAAAGAGGGGGAAGCAAGAGUCGAGCUCCUUAUCCUGGGAAUGAGACGUCUGAAAAUCAGAACACAAUCAGAUACAUGGCCGAAAUCAUGUGAAUUUAUGCGAUCUCUGGCACGUCUGUUUGGCAACGCUCAUGGGCAGCGCAUCAAGCAGGCCUAUUGCUAUAUCUUUGAGAAGUUGCUUUUACCUGUGGCUGCAAAUCCAGGUUGUGACCUAACCCUACCUAAAUGGAAAGAGUUUCUGGAGCUCGUCCAAUCUCGACUGUCGCAAAUGCUCACUAAACCCCGUCAUUGGGCCGCCUCUUUUCCUUUACACGUGCUGCUUCUUUGCGUCUCGUCCAAAGAGACCUUUUCGUCACAAUGGCUUCCGGUCAUCAUGAGUCUUCCCGCGCGACUGAAGGAUCGCCCUACUAGGGGACCCGCCCUACAAGCCAUGUGUCGUCUACUCUGGACGUACUUCUUCCGCCACACGGAUCCUCCUCCAACCACUCUUCGGAAAAUCGAAGAAGUUGCCAAGAUAGCCCUUCCCCCAGGAAAGAGGACAUACUUGACCACCGAACCAGCCGUUGCUGAACCUCUAAUCCAAUUGAUCCGCAUGAUUGGGUUUAAGCAUCCUGACGUCUGCAUUCGAAACGUCAUCUUUCCUUUGAUUAACUCAGAUAUCUUCCUGUCUAAUAAGGAAUUGAAGAUCGAGCAGAUGGAACCAGAGAAAAUGGUUAUUGGGAUUCGUUCCUUCAUUGUGAUUGUGACGGACCUAGAGAAUUGUGACCAACUGUGUCCUCCUUUCCCCACGGGAUCGAUCCCUAACCCCUUCACUGAUAUCUCAGCUACUUCAGCUCCUCUGCACCGGCCCCAAGUCCUUGCUGAUCCACGUGUGCUAGGUGCUACAGAGACUCCUGAGGACCAAACACCCGUGCGUCCUGUCAAUACCUCCAAAUUGAGCGAUAAUAUUAGGGGGUUCUACGUUCGUUUUUGUGAGAUAUUGGGCAAAAUAACUCUCUUGUGUGACAAUACCUUUGGCGGACAGGCUGUAUUGGAUGAGAAGUUUGGCGGGUCCACCCCGAAGACACCCAUUUCGGAGGCGUUUGGUUUCUCGCGGCGUGAGGACCAUAUAAACACAGGAGAUCAAAAGCAGGGCUUCUAUGAUCUGAUGCACGUUGCUGUUCAGGCACUUCCUCGUUGUCUGUCUGACCAUAUUCCUUUCAAUUCGUUGAUCAACCUGUUGUGUACCGGAACCGCCCACGUUCAAACAAACAUCGCGACGUCAUCUGCCGAAUCGCUCAAGGCUAUCGCGCGGCAGUCGCAUGCGCAGCAAGUUACCAUUGGAUUUGCUAGGUUCAUCUUCAAUUUUGAUGCUAGAUACUCUACAAUGUCAGACGAAGGAAUGUUGGGACCGGGACACAUUGAAUCUACUCUAAGGCUCUAUGUUGAGCUUUUGGGGAUCUGGAUUGAGGAAAUCAAACAGAAGACCAAGGGCGCUGGGACAGAUAUAGGGGAUAAGUCGAGUACUGGAAGCCGGGCUUUGCAGCUGGACCUUUCUACCGUCCUUGCACAUGUCGAAGAAAUCGAAUCUCACGGUUUGUUUUUCUUGUGUUCACAAUCACGAAGAGUCCGAGCGUUUGCCAUUACAGUGCUUCGAUUAAUCACGGAAUUUGACAGCGCCUUGGGCAAAGAGAACACAAGAAUCAUUAGAAUUCUCGAGGCAGACUCGCAGCAUAUCUUCGAUGUCAAUGACGAACAACUCACGAUCGCCGAAAGGAGUCGCAUUCAAAAGGGUAAGCGAAAGAGUGCAUCUCAAAAUACUCUUAUCGAAUUGUGCAGCAGCGAGGUGUCGUAUGAUUCGACUCUCUGGUCCAAGGUAUUUCCAAACAUUGUUCGUAUCAGUUUCGAGACAUGUCCCUUUGCGGUAACUCUGGGCAGAGAGAUAGUCUGCGCAAGGCUGGUACAAAUGCAUAAGACGAUCACUGCGCUUGCUGAGAACCCUCGACCUCCUUACUAUGGCCCCGUGGACGUCACACAAGCUCGAACAUUUGGUCGGAACAGCAUGACAGCUGAAAUUCUAAUCGAACAAUGGAAGCUGUAUCUGGCUAUGGCUUGCACCACUUUGAAUAGCGUUGGUGCGCAGUCGCAGAGUCAAUUGGCAAAUGCUCAGCAUGCCCGCAAAUCGUCCAAGGGCCAGCAGCAAUCGCAGGAUAAGAUCAGCUCAGCCCGGAGUCUGUUUGCUUUCGUCAUCCCCUUACUGUCGGCUGAACGUGAUUCUAUCCGGAGUGCUAUUGUGGGAGCCCUGGGGUCGAUCAACAAGAACCUUUACCGCACCUUGCUCGAAUCAUUGCAAUACGCCGUGACGACUUGCAAUGAAGAAGCCAAGAUGAGAAUCGGCGUACAUUACCGGUCUCCAAGCAGUCCCCGACGCAGCAGAAAAACAGAUAGACUACGAACGGAAGUCACGCAUGUGUACAAGCUGACCUCUCACUUCCUUCGUGAGCCUGAGGUGUACAAUGAUGACUGGAUUGUCAAUAACCUCGUCACCUAUACCAAGGACCUGCGCAUAUUCCUAAGCGACUCAGAAGUCCAGAACGACUGGGAGUUCCAACGGCUACGGUUCCACUACUGUGGAUUGAUGGAAGAGCUCUUCGAGGCUAUCAACCGAAUAGAAGAAUCUUCUCGCUGGAUUCCGUUCGAGUCACGGAAGUCUGCCUUUUCGCUGAUGGAGGAUUGGUGUGGAUAUUCACCCAACCAGCCCCAGAUCUCCCAAAGGGAGGAGCACAUGCGAAAGUUCGCCCAUCAUGAGGGCGAACUGCGUAACACUGCUGCUGCCAUGGAAAUUGAGAAAAAGAACCUACGGGCGGCUGCUCUGAGUGCCAUGGCGUCGCUUUGCGCAGGUUCGAUUAGUAUCACUACAGAAAGUGGUGUGGUACUUCAGUUUGACGUUGGACGUAUGCUGUCAUGGAUUGAUAUCAUUUUCAACACCAUCAGCGAUAAGUGGCACGCAAUUGGCAGGCGGGCACUCAAGAAUCUCAUCAUCCAUAACAAAGAGCAUUCGUACCUGCUCGAACGGUCUAUUGAGAUGUGCUACGUUACAGAGCGCCCGAAAGCACUGGAGAGCUAUUUUGAAGUAGUCACUGAGGUGCUCAUAGAGAAUACCGAUUAUCAUUUCAACUUCUGGAGAAUCCUCGGUGCUGUGCUCGUUACUCUCGGCAAUCAGAAGCGCGAGAUAAGAAUGAAGUCUGCUAAGCUCCUUCGGAUUCUAGAAGAACGUCAGCAGAAGAGUUCCCGACUCCAAGAUUUCGACAUCAGCAUUUCUGACAAGACCACGGCUGUCUACAAACUCGCCCAGUUUGAGACGUCGAAGAGACUGGCAAGGCAGCACUCAGACUUGGCUUUCACUCUCUUUUCUGAGUUUGCAUUGCACUUCAGAAAUAUUCGGCCCGACAGCCAGCGGAAUAUGGUCGCUGCGAUUCUGCCGUGGGUGCAAACAAUGGAACUCCAGGUUGAUCCCAACGGUGGCCCGACAGCCAAGUCGUAUAUGUUGCUCGCAAAUUUGUUUGAGAUAACCAUCCGAUCCAGCACUAUAUUACCGAACGAGGUACAAGCCCUCUGGCAGGCUCUGGCUACCGGUCCUCAUGGUGGAAAUGUGCAGCUGGUACUCGACUUCAUCAUCAACCUCUGCCUGGAACGUAAGGAGCAGAAUUUUGUUGAAUAUGCCAAACAAGUUGUUGUAUUCCUAUCUGGGACACUCGCUGGAUCAAAGGUGAUCGAGUUCUUCCUGAUGCAGGUCGUCCCCAAGAACAUGGUGCAGGAAAGGAAGGAGAUCACCCCGGCUCCUCCAGAUACUAAGAGCUUGCCGUACGUCGCGGAUUUGGGCGCCGUGUUGCCAGUUGGCAACAAGCAGGCAGGCCUGUCACUUGGUCAGGUCGCCCUUAUUUUCCUGGUCGAUUUGAUGGUUGCUCCAGUUACUCUGGUAUUGGAAGACGUUGUCAAGUUGCUUCACGUUGUCCUUAUCCUGUGGGAUCAUUACACGGUCACUGUGCAAGAGCAGGCUCGAGAAAUGUUGGUGCAUCUGAUUCAUGAGUUGGUGGCUGCGAAAGUUGAGGAUGAUGGGCCUGUGGAAACACGUCAGGUCGUCGAAGAUUUCGUGGAGUCUAUCCGCAAGAGUGAUGCGAAGGUUGUCUGGGACUACGAGGACAACAGUGACAAGGAGGAUAUCGAUGAGGCGAGCCGAGUACCAUUGUCAAUGUCUACGGUAACCCGUCAAGUCGUCGAUUUUUUCAACCUUGCUUACGAAGGCGUCAAUGAUCUCUGGGCAAAGGAGGCAUUGAAUUGGGCGGCAUCCUGCCCUGUCCGCCAUCUUGCUUGUCGAUCGUUCCAGAUUUUCCGCUGUAUUUCCACGUCGCUGGACUCUAGGAUGCUUGCGGAUAUGCUUGCUCGACUUUCCAACACGAUUGCCGAUGAAGAAGCUGACUACCAGACAUUCUCCAUGGAGAUACUUACAACGCUUAAGAUUAUCAUCAGUUCUCUGUCACCCGCUGAUUUGUUGCGGUAUCCCCAGCUUUUCUGGACUACUUGCGCAUGUUUGAACACGAUUCACGAGACGGAGUUCAUUGAGAGCGUUGGCAUGCUCGAGAAAUUCAUGGACAAUGUCGACAUGAGCGACCCGGCUGUAGUAACACAGCUUAUCGAGGGACAGCCGCCCCGAUGGGAAGGUGGCUUUGAUGGCCUUCAGAAUCUGGUCUACAAGGGGUUGAAGUCUUCGGAGUCUUUCAGUCGGGCAUUGGAUAUUCUGCAUCGAUUAAGUGGACUUCCCAACAACCAACUUAUUGGCGACGGGUCUCGUUUAUUGUUUACUAUCCUGGCCAACCUCGCCCAUUUUCUCUACCAAUUUGAUUCGGAAGUUGACGACCCGAAGACUCUUGCUCGUGCUACCAUGUUGGCUCGCGUUGCGGAAAGCGAGAACUGUCCGCGACUGGCAGCCUCCCUUCUAGGAUUUGCUAAUGGGCAGUAUAAGGCAGAGGGCGACUUCCUGAACCACAUUAUCUCGGAGAUCCGGUCGUAUUAUUUCCCGCGACAGGACGUUUACAGUCUAAUAUUCCUCAUGGGCUUGUUGACCAACACGACCGACUGGUUCCGGAUCAAAAUUAUGAAGAUUCUCUGUGUGUUGAUACCGGAUAUUGAUAUGAGAAGGGGAGAGGUUACUUGUCACGGACCUGAUCUGAUCUCGCCUCUCUUACGUCUCCUGCAAACGGAUCUCUGUCCUCGAGCUUUGCAAGUCAUGGAUCAUAUUAUGACUGUUUCAGGCAAUCCUAUGGAGCGGCAUCAUCUUCGGAUGAGUAUGGCGUCGUCUUCAUCAUCACGGGCAAUUCGCAAGGAAUACGAGCGGAUCCAGAGUUUGUACGGUAUACCCGAGCCUACCGGGUGGUCGAUCCCGAUGCCUGCCACACAGUCAAGCAUCACGCGACACAACGUCCACGCUGUGUUUUACACCUGUGCAGAGGUUGACCUUAUGGAGGCGCAAGAAACUGCUCCUACGGAGGUGGAGUUCCACACGGACGGAUACAAUGACUCGUUCUUCCCUAUGCGGGCCGACACGAUGAAGUCGAUUGACACGCAGAUGGAUGGCAAUAUGGGAGACAUUGUAUCGAAACUGGAUAGUCUUGACGAUUUCUUUGAGGAGACAGAAACGAUUAAUUCGUCAAUGACACCUGCUUCAGACACCAUGUUGUCAGGGUUCUCCGGUAGUUACGUGGAUACCUGCGAAAAUCGCUACGAUCAACAGACAGCACCAAUUCUUCGCAAGUCUCUCGCGCGAACUGCCUCAUCGUCGUCAUUCCAUAAUGGCCUGGCCGAGUCUAGACCGCCUAACCUGCGCAUCGACAGCAGCAAUGUGACAAAUACCCCACCCCUCGCGCCUAUUCAAGUAUCAUAUCCAGUCUCGCAUACUCGUUCGAUCACAUCCCCAGUGAAUAAUCUGUUCUCGCCAACAUCCAACCCACAGAAUCCAACUCCUUCUGUUGGUUUCAACGAAUCAGCUUUCUUCUCUGAUGACGAGCCUGAAGAGAGUAUGUCUGACAUGGACGAACGCCUGACAAUCAACAAACCAGCAAUCUCGCAUCCCAUAGGGCCGCCAACGCGGAGCGUGACAGAUGGAUCACAUUCUCUCGAGUCCAUGAUCCGAAGCGGAAUGAGACGACUUACAGGUGGCGCCGCGACAAACCGCGAAAAAGAGCGUCAGCGCGAAAUGAUCCGCGCGCAGCAACGUGCUAUGGCGCAGACCAUCGGGUCUCCACGUGUACCCAAGGUACCGGCUGAGUAUCUGCCGAGCAAUCCGACAUCGCCGGGACAAUGA